AUGGCCUCCCAAUUCUCUGUGGACCACUCCUUCCGCGCCUUCGUCGAGGCCCUCAAGGCCGACGGCGAUCUGGUCGAGAUCAACACCGAGGUGGACCCGCACCUCGAAGCCGCCGCCAUCACCCGUCUCGUCUGCGAAACCGACGACAAGGCGCCGCUCUUCAACAACCUUAAGGGCAUGGGCAAGGACGGGCUCUUCCGCAUCCUGGGCGCCCCGGGCUCCCUUCGCAAGUCGAGCAAGGACCGCUACGGCCGCCUGGCCCGCCACCUCGCCCUGCCCCCCACCGCCAGCAUGAAGGAGAUCCUCGACAAGAUGCUCUCAGCCAGCGAGCUGGCCCCCAUCGAGCCCACCGUCGUCCCCACCGGCCCCGUCAAGGAGCACUCGCUCGUCGGCGACGAGAUCGACCUCACCCAGCUGCCCGUCCCCAUGAUCCACCAGGCCGACGGCGGCAAGUACAUCCAGACCUACGGCAUGCACAUCGUGCAGUCCCCGGACGGGCAGUGGACCAACUGGUCCAUCGCACGCGCUAUGGUGCACGACCGGAACCACCUGGUGGGGCUGGUGAUCGAGCCGCAGCACAUCUGGCAAAUCCACCAGAUGUGGAAGAAGGAGGGCAAGGACGUGCCGUGGGCGCUGGCGUUCGGCGUGCCGCCGGCGGCGAUCAUGGCCUCGUCGAUGCCGAUCCCGGACGGGGUCAGCGAAGCCGGGUACGUGGGUGCGAUGACCGGCCGGUCCCUGGAGCUCGUCAAGUGCGACACCAACAACCUAUACGUCCCCGCGAACGCGGAGAUCGUCUUCGAGGGCACGCUGUCCAUCAGCGAGCGCGCCGACGAGGGCCCCUUCGGCGAGAUGCACGGCUACGUCUUCCCCGGCGACACCCACCAGUGGCCCGUGUAUAAAGUCAACAAGAUCACCUACCGCUCCAACCCCAUCCUGCCCAUGUCCGCCUGCGGCCGCCUCACCGACGAGACCCACACCAUGAUCGGCGCCCUGGCCGCCGCCGAGAUCCGCAAGGUCUGCCAGCAGGCCGGCCUGCCCGUCACCGACGCCUUCUCCCCCUUCGAGUCCCAGGUCACCUGGGUGGCGCUGAAGAUCGACACGGCCAAGCUGCGCCAGAGCAAGGUCACCGCCAAGCAGUUCCAGAAGCAGGUCGGCGACGUCGUCUUCAACCACAAGGCCGGCUACACGAUCCAUCGGCUGGUGCUCGUCGGCGAGGAUAUCGACGUCUACAACGGCAAGGAUGUUAUGUGGGCUUUUUCGACACGCUGCCGCCCCAGUGCCGAUGAGACCUUCUUCGAGGAUGUGCGCGGCUUUCCCCUGGUUCCGUAUAUGGGCCACGGCACCGGCUCCCCUGUGCAGGGCGGCAAGGUCGUCUCCGACGCCCUGAUGCCGUCGGAGUACACCACCGGCGCUGACUGGCAGGCGGCCGAUUUCGAGAACUCGUAUCCCGCUGAGUUGAAGGAGCGCGUGCGGGCUAAGUGGGAGGAGAUGGGCUUCAGCAAGUUGGAGUAG